AUGUUAAAUUUUAGUAGAAACAAAUAUAAGAGUGAUUCAUUGCUGACAAACAAGAUUUGUAAAGAUGUAUCUUUACUUACGAAUUCACAAACAGUUAAUGAACAAAUAAAUCAUUUACAAGAAACCACGGAAACAAUAGAUAACAAUAAAUCUCAUCUUCAAACAAAAUCUAUCGGAUUGGUAUUUGGUUUCUCAAUAAAAUCACCAAAAAUACCGAAACAUUUUCAUCCAUCAUUUCAAAAAGCCGUCAAAGUAACGAAAGAAAAGAAAUAUCAAGAAGCAGUAGAAUAUUGGUCAGAAUUACUAAAGAAAUAUCCGGAAAGUUAUUCUAUAAGAUGUGAACGUGGAAGCGCCAAUUUCAACAAAAGUGAAUAUGGAAAAGCAUUACAAGAUUUAAACAUGGCAAUAAAACAAAAACCAAUGAAAACAAAAGGAUAUUUUAUUAGGCUUAAAGUGUAUAAAGCUAUGAAAAGAUUCGAUGACGCGUUGUCAGAUAUAGAUUUUAUAUUAUACAUUAAUCCUAAAGAUAAAGAUGCAGAAUAUACGCGGAUCCAGAUUCUUAUUCAUUUAAAAAGGCAAGCCUCAUAUGAAGAUGCAUUAAAAAGUUUAAUGUCAGAACUACAGUCCAAUCCAAAUGAUAUAAAAUUAUUAUCUGUUCGAGGGAAUGUGUAUCGUUUACUACAUCAAUAUAACAAUGCGUUAGCUGAUUUCAAUCAUGUCUUGAAACUUUGUCCAAAAUACGUAUUUGCCUUAUUGAGUCGUUCUAAAGUUUAUAGAGUUCAAGAAUUAUUAUUUAAUGCACGCUAUGAUAUAGAUGAAGCAUUACAAUUGGACCCACAAAAUCCAAAACUUUUACGAAAUCGUGGAAAAAUUAAUUUUUUAUCAAAAUUUCAUCUAAAUGCAUGCGAAGAUCUGGAUGAAUCAUUAAAGAUUGAAGAACACCCAUCCGGAUAUAGGUAUCGAGGUAAAGCUUUAUUAGUAAUGAAGAAAUAUUCCGAGGCAAUUGCGGAUUUCAACAAAGCAUUGGAAAUGAAACCACAAAAUGAGAAAUAUAUUUGUUUUGAUCGAGGUGAAACUUUGUUUAAAUUAGGUGAAUUUAAAAAGGCAUUAUCAGAUUUGGAUAAAGCAUUAGAAUUUACACAAGAUCUUGCAAUAAUAUCACAAAUACAUCAACUCCGUGUAUCAGCUUAUGAAGAACUAGGGCAUAAACAAGAAGCUAGAUUAGCUUUGGAAAACAUAAUAAAAUUGCAACCAACUAACCUUAAAGUUAUACAUCAACAUGCAGAUUUAUGUGAAUCACUAUCAUUAUAUAUUGAUUCAUUAUCGAAUUGGAAUAGAUUAUACAAAUUAUUAGAUCCAAAAUCUAAUUUAGAAUAUGAUAAAAAAGCCAUCAAAGCAGUUCUUUUAAAUCGUGGAAGGAUUCUAACAAAACUUUGUAGAUAUGAAGAAGCUUUAUCAGAUUUUAAUCAAGGAUUAAAAUUAUUUCCACAAAAUGUUAGUUUAUUAUGUUAUAGAGCUGAAAUUUAUCAACAACUAGGUAGACAUGAAGAAGCAUUAAAUGAUUUAAAUAAUAAUAUAGAUCAACCAAAAAAUGCGUGUCAAUUUUACGUUACUCGAGCUGGAAUUUAUAUUUCUUUAGGAAAGUAUCCCGAGGCUUAUCAAGAUUUAAAAAUAUGUUUGGAACCAAAAUUUGACAUUACAUCUGAAGUUUCAUAUAAUUCAUAUACGUUGGGAUUAUGUUAUAGGGGUUCAAUUUAUCGAAUAUAUAAAAAAUAUGAUAAAGCUUUAAUUGAUCUGAAUCGAGUUAUCCAAAGAGAUCCAAAUAAUGUUUUGGCAUUGUGUGAACGAAGUGCUAUUUAUAGAGAACAAGGGCAAUUUGAUGAUGCUUGGAAUGAUAUUGAAAAAAUGUUGUUACUAGAUUGUCUGGAAAUCGAACAGUGA